AACGCAAAAGUAGAUGUAAACGGGUCUUUGAAUGUUUUUUCAUUCUCGAAAAUGGUUAACUAAGCUUAAAAUGAGCUAAUUGUACAACACUCGGUCUCAUUUACAUUCUAUAAAUUAGUAAAUAAAUGUCACAGAAUGGAUUUAUUCCGGAAUGUUGAUAAUAAAGAAAUAUUUACCGAGGUUCUCCAUUUAGCCAUAGAUUACCUGAUUGGAAAUAUUAAUGAAGCACAAACUAUUCGGUUGUCCCACAAAUAUGGAUUUAAAAAUUCAGAUGACUUUCUACUGUCCAUUCGAAUGAUUUCAAAAUGUUAUGAAAACUUUGCCUUAGAAACUACAAAUGAAAAUUUGUCACAGUUUUCUUGCAUUAAUCCUGAAAUGAGUAGACUAGUGGCGACGGUCCUCGCAGCACGUCAGCCUGCAGUAACAAAGCAUGUUGGGCAAUGGGAGUGCACUAAAUCGAAGAAUUUUAUAGAAUCGUUUGUGUGGGACACACGCCUUAUAUUGGGAGAUAGCAAUCUCGGCAGAAAUGUUUAUCAAAUAACCACUAUUGAUUUGAGCUACCGUCGCUCUAAUAUCCAAAAUAGAAUCAAAUUUGAAAUGAAUUUUGCGCUACUCUGUAAUUUUAUAGACCUUUUAGAGAAUUCUUUGGCCUAAUAAAAAAAAUAUUGUGUA